AUGCCUUUUGUCGACCAAGGUGGUGGAAGCACAGGACCCACUCCGACGUGGGACGGCCAUCCGAAGGGAUGGCGCCGAUACGCUCGAGAAGUCUCUUGGUAUGUUCAGGGGACCAAGCAUGGCCAGCGACGGUAUCUGGCAACCAGGCUGAUCAGCAAGCUCACUGGGUCAGCCCGCUUGCUGGCAAUGAGCUGGCCACAGGCUGAGUUCGAUUCGGAGCAGGGAGUUUUGAUCUUCUUGAGGAGAUUGGCUCAGUCACCUUUGGUUCGCCGGAGCCUACCCAACGCGGCGGCCAUUAUGACCCAGUACUUCCAGUUCAAGCGCAUGCCUGGAGAACCGAUCACGAACUUCCUGGUCCGAGAGACGCUUGGCUUUGAGGAGUUUCAAGAGGCUCUUCUCCGGCUCCGUGAGGAGCGCCUGGGCUUGACUGUCGAUAAGCAGGUGUUUGGGCUUGAGAGUUUGCUUCGUGGAUAUGAUGAAGAGGAGAAGGGCAGUGAGAAGGGCAAUGGGAGUCGCGACCAUGCCGGUCGUGAUGAGGAAUGGCAGCCAGACUCAGCUUCCGUGCAGGCUGAUCAUCCGACCCCACAGGGCAGUCAGACUGGAGCGUCACCGGGCCAUGGAGCUCAACCUUCAGGUGAUGGUUCAGGCACUCCUGCGCCAGCGGCUGCGGCGGCUUCGGCGCACAAGCUCUUCGAUACAAGGUCGGCUGUGAUGCAGACCGAGGAGGAAUCGUACGACACCUUCAUCCUGGAUGUGCUUCGGGGCUGGAGGCUGCUUCAGGCGGCUUCUUUGAGCUUGGAAAAGCGCCGAGACGUCCUGUCGGCGACCCACAACAAGUUAGAUUUCGAGAGCAUCAGCAACGCACUUCAGGUGUUGUGGGAUGAACAGCUGUCGGGAGCUCGCCGCAUGAAUGCGGGCCACCAUGGAGGACACAAUUCCUUCUACAGCCAGGAGACCGAUUGGCCCAUGGAUGCUAUGUGGGCGCAGGAGAGUACGUGGCAAGGAGAAAGUGAUGGAUGGGACGAGUGGUUCGGCUACUGUGGUGAGGACGAGUGGCCGGAACAGCCACCGCCGGAGGCAGCCGAGGACCUGUCACACGCGGAGCUGGACGACCCGGCAAUCCGAGAGGCUCUUCAGGCAGAGCAUGCCGCCGAGACGAUGGCGGCAGAGGCCGCUUUGACCUGGAAGCGUGCCCAGAAGGCAACCUCCGAGUUGCGCCGGGAUCGUGGCUUUGGUGUGGUAAAGGGAAAAGGGAAACCUCCGUCCUUUCCAGGGUGCUAUCGUUGUGGGAAGCCAGGGCAUCUUUCACGUGAUUGCCCCAAUGCGGCCGGCGGCAAGGGCAAGACGCAGUUCUACAUCGGCGAGGACACAGAGCCCUACUACGACCCCUAUCAGGAGUACGAGGCCUACGGCAUGACCGGCAAGGGCAAGGGCAAGUCCUUCAAGGGCAAGAACCAGUUCGCCGUUGGCAAAGGAGCAGCUUGGAAAGGAAAGGGUCGGAUGCCAGCUUACCGACCACAGCAUCCAGCUGUGAAUGCCUACGGCCUGGAGAUGAUGGGCAUCGCCGGGGACCCUCUUGAUUUGAAUGCCGCCAGCAAGAGCGACAACAUUUCUCCAGGUGGUGGUCUCCUAGAUUGCGGAGCCACCGCGUCAGCUGGGCCAGAGGCCAGCGUGCAGCGACUGAUCGCUGCUGUUUUAGAGAAGGACCAUGCCGCCACAGUGACGGUGGACCAGUCUCGUCGGCCAUACUUCUGUUACGGGUCUGGUUCUUGGGGUCGUGCUUUGCAACAUGUAGAGAUACAGUCCAAGGCAUCAGGAAACCCCAAGGUCUUUGAAGUGUUUGCGCUGCCGAACCCUCCGGAGUAUGUCGAGAAGUGGUUUCGUCCCGAAAUGCUGGUUCCUAUUUUGGUAGGCAUGAGCCAUAUGGGUCCACGAGGUGCAGGGAUGAUUGUGGAUUUCAAUGAUGGCUACUUUGUCAAUGCUACGGAUCAAGAGCUUCGGGAUAAGGAUCAGUACAUGAGCACAACCAGCAAAGGCCACUAUGUCGCCGAUAUCGUCGAUUACCUUACAGCAGGCCAGCAAUGCACUGAGGGUCACUGCAAUGUCGUUAUCAAGAAGGACUCUUUUAGGUCUCAUGCGUUGCCGGGCACUUCGGAGGAUCUACCUAUUCAACUCAUGUGUCCGCUAGAGUUCAUGGGAGUGACUUCAGUUGUGUGUGCUGAUCAACAUGCAAAGAGCCGGCGAAUGAUCAUCCAUUCCGCAUGGGCACGCCACCAACCUUCGUCCUCGGUGGAUCUUGAAGGCUCGAGGAUGAUCCAGCCCUCGCCUUUACCAAAUUCGGACUCCAACUUCUUCGCGGACAAUCUUGAGAGCCAUGGCACCCAAGAAGGCAUCGAACCCGGCGCCUCCCUUGGACGAGAGCAGGGCAAUGUCCAUGUGGGAUCCAACCGGUACGGAAUGUGGGAAGAGUGCGAAGUGUGUGCUUUGAGGCUGAAGUACACCCCGAGAGAGGGAGCACCGAGUUCGGACACCAAAGUGGAGAAUGCAGUGACGGUGCAGCGGGCGAUGGCAUUGCUACGGGAGGACCUCAAGGACGGGAAACCGGACCGCGAGCUUGUGAAGGUCGCCCUCGAGAUGGAGUACGCCAAAAAUCGCUACGAGCAGCUUUUGCGGCGACGAGGAGUGAUCCCAGUGGCAAAGAGCACGGUGGGGACCCCACCAAAGAUCGACGAGAAGGGCAAGGAUGUGACACCGGGACCGGCUCGGGAGACGGCGGGCUACGGCGACAUGGAGAACCCCAAUCACCACGAGAUGGAGGAUGGAGUGGUAGGAAAGCCGAUCCCCGGGACAGCGACAUCGUCACCGUCGACCGCGAGCUGGGACCAUGUGAACCCCGCUACACCCCAGUGA